CCAGCUUCUGGGCCGCCAGCGUGGACCACCGGACAGAGCCCAGUCCAUUAAGCUAAUUAAAAAUAUAUAUAAUUUUCUUUCUCCAAAUAGCUAGGAAAAGCGUAGGAUAGCAUUUUAUCUGGUUAAUUAUUUGCUGCCUAUGGAACUUUUUAAUAACUGCAGAAAAAAAUUCACAAACAAAUGUUACAUGAUGGCUAUGUUAAGGAUGAGACUGUUGCAGUGGGACUACACGGCAAGGAAACAUGACAAAUAUUAUAAGCAGGAAAUGCCAACCUAGAAUAUUUAGAGUUUGGCUGAGGAGUUGUAAUGAUUUUAAGCUAUGGAAGACCGCAGUUAAGGCAGGCACACAGACUUAGUCUGCCCUGUAGUUACACAGCAAGGAAGUACAGAGAGAAAAAUAGAGCCUCUAUUUAAACAUUACUUUAACCUAGCUUGGGAAUCACAAAAGCACUAAUAUCGGUGCUUUCCCAAACCUUAAUACGGUUGGGCUGCUUUCUGAAUACCCUGGCCAGUACCGCGGUCUGCUGCAGUACAGCUGGCUGCCUGUUACAGCAGGGAAGGAUUUCGAAGAGCCUUAGAGCACUGUGCUUGGCUUGGGACGUGGCCAUCACCCCUGCGUGGCGCCCGCGCGCCUGUGCUGCAGUCCCACCGGCAGGCAGGGGGCCUGUGUGGGGCCUGGCAGGCUCCUGACACGUGAUGACACCUCCUCAUGGUACAUAAGGGUAUGCCGUGAGCAGCCUGAUGCCAGACAUUUUCACUAGCGAGACUGUUGGAGACCUGGGGAUUGGCCUCGUGUCACAGGUGCGGGAGGUUGGUGUUACGGGACAGGCGGGCACAGAGGUUAUCUGCGUGUUUUGGAAGAGGUGGCUUUAGAGGUUCUGCACAGCGCCCGUGAGCAACCCCAUGCCUUUGGUGGUGGAAACAGUGGGAUGGCAUCAGUCUGACUUUUUGUCCUUGUGGCUGCCAGGGGAGCAAGUCUUCGCAGGGCUGGAGGAGCAAGCCCGCCAAGCCAUGAUGAAAAACGACUUUCCUGCAGCUCUUGGGGACCAGAGGCCAGCUAUUCCUCAGCUGCAAGACCAUGACUCCAGCAGCAGUGACAGUGACGAUGAGGAAACCACACAGGAUGAAGUUUCUUCCCAUACGUCUGAGGAGGAUGGCUCAAUGGUGAAAGUGAAAAAAGAAUUAGAGAAUGCAGAACAACCUGUGGCUGGAACCCCACCGAUGGGAGAACACAAGGCGCCUGAGGGUUUGAAUGCUGACCCCAUGCUGGGGCUGUCACAGUGCCCCCUCUGCCAGCUGGAGUGUGGAAGCAGAGAGCAGCUCAUUGCUCAUGUAUACCAGCACACUGCAGCUGUGGUGAGCGCCAAGAGCUACAUGUGUCCUGUAUGCGGCAGAGCCCUCAGCUCACCCGGAUCUCUUGGGCGACAUCUCCUGAUCCACUCAGAGGACCAGCUGUCCAACUGCGCAGUGUGCGGAGCACGCUUCACCAGCCACGCCACAUUCAACAGCGAGAAGCUGCCAGAGGUGCUCAGUGCAGAACACCUGCCCCCACCGCAGAGUGAAGGCCCCUCCAGUGUUGAGGGGAAGGACAUUGCUUUUCAUGCCCCUGUGUAUCCUGCAGGCAUCCUGCUAGUGUGCAACAACUGUGCUGCUUAUCGUAAGCUGCUGGAGGCACAGACACCUGGUGUGCGAAAGUGGGCGCUUCGUCGGCAGAACGAGCCCCUGGAAGUGCGGCUGCAGCGUUUGGAGCGGGAGCGCACAGCCAAGAAGAGCCGGAGGGACAACGAGACACCUGAGGAACGGGAAGUGAGACGUAUGCGGGAUCGAGAGGCUAAGCGGCUGCAGCGAAUGCAAGAGACAGAUGAACAGAGGGCUCGACGGCUGCAGAGGGACCGAGAAGCCAUGCGGCUGAAACGCGCCAACGAGACCCCGGAGAAGCGGCAGGCCCGGCUCAUCCGGGAGCGUGAGGCCAAGAGGCUCAAGCGGCGCCUGGAGAAAAUGGACAUGAUGCUCCGGGCACAGUUUGGCCAGGACCCCUCUGCCAUGGCAGCUUUAGCAGCUGAAAUGAACUUCUUCCAGCUGCCAGUGAGCAACGUUGAGCUGGAGAGCCAGCUGCUGGGCAAAAUGGCCUUUGAGGAGCAGAACAACAGUGGACUGCAUUGAGCUGCAGGUCAAGGACUGUGCCACCUCUGCGGCACCUGUCACAGGGGCACUAGCAGGCUUCUCUACUCAGUAGCUGCUGUGGGUGCCCUGGCUGACUCUCCCAGGCCCAGCCUCCCUCAUACGGCCUUGUUUUCUCCUGGACAUGGGAGGUGAACAGAGCUGAGAGAUGUCUGCCAAAGUAGCCCUGGGGGGAGGCAGGCAGAUCCUGUGGAGGCAAGCUGCUUUGGGGGGGGGAGGGUGUGACACCACAGCCUGUGACUAGAGGGGAAAAUAAAUUAAUUUUCACAUUUAUUUAGUCCCCUUCCUUGCCUUUUGCUUCAUCCUGAGCUUGGACCCUUGCACCAUAGUUGGGGUUGGGCUGCUGUAGUUCUGCUGUAGGCAGCAAGCCUACCUUACUGAAAAAAGAGCUUCUUUACUGCAGCAUAACUUAUGGAGCUGAGGACUUUGCCAGUCCUCCGGGAAUAAAUCUCUCGCUCUUGUGGCAAUAAAAAGGAAGCAAAGGAGGACUUAAUCUCCCUGGAAAUGGCUGUGUACACCCUCUCUCUUAACUCUGUUGUUAUGUGCUUAUUUGCAGUAGCAUCCAUGGGAAAACUAAGAGGAAAUUGAGUUCCUGUUCUAAGAUACGCCAUGUAAAAACUAACAGAAAAGCUGCCUGAGGUAAGCGCACAGGGAACAGAAGUUUGCUGGUCUACUCAUGAGUUAAUUUUUCACUUAAAUAGUAUUUCAAGUUUGCAGAUGAAAAAGUUGAUUGAAUGGCAAACCAUUAGGACAGAUCAGUUCUCUCAUACUGCAUGGAUUUCUUAGUAAGCUGAGCUUGUUCAACCAUUUUAAUACAGCCAAAUGCAAAGAUGCUCACCUGGAACCACUGGUCACACUCAAAGAACUCAUUCCCAUAUUAAAGUCCUCUGUGACCAACAAUGACUUUCAGUGGUCACUGUGAACAACGAGCUCGUAGUGGGGAACCAUUAGUAAACAGAACAGCACAGGCAGAAAGAGAAAGCUGCUCACACUUCCACACGCCGCAGCAAAACCAAUGGGACAAAGGCAGACAACUGGUGAGCCGGGGAGGAGCUAUGGAAAGGUACGAUAAU